GCUGGCAAGGAGGUGAGCUGCGGCCAGUGCGCCGCCUCCUUCGCCGGCCUGCAGAGCUACAUGGAGCACCGCUGCACCGGCGCCCGCCCGCCCCCGCCACUGAGGGGGGAGAGCGGGAGCGAGAGCAGUGAGGAUGGGGAGGAGGAGAGCGACGUGGAGAACCUGGCCGGCGAGAUCGUUUACCAGCCGGAUGGCUCAGCCUACAUCGUGGAGAGCCUCAGCCAGCUGGUGCAGAGCGGGGGCACCUGCAGCAGCGGGGAACUCUCUGCCCAAGCGGGAGAGCCCUCCGCCGCCGCUCCUGUCUACCCACAGAUCAUCAACACCUUCCACAUAGCCUCAUCCUUCGGGAAGUGGUUUGAGGGCUCAGACCAGGCCUUCCCGAAUACCUCAGCCCUGGCGGGAAUCAGCCCAGUCCUGCACAGCUUCCGCGUCUUUGAUGUGCGACACAAAAGCAACAAGGAUUACCUGAACAGCGACGGUUCUGCCAAAAGCUCCUGCGUAUCCAAAGAUGUUCCCAACAAUGUGGACCUGUCCAAAUUCGAUGGCUUUGUGCUCUACGGGAAGAGGAAGCCCAUCCUGAUGUGUUUCUUGUGCAAGCUCUCCUUUGGGUAUGUCCGCUCAUUCGUGACCCAUGCGGUGCACGACCACCGAAUGACUCUGAGUGAGGAGGAGCGGAAAAUUCUUAGCAAUAAGAACAUCUCCGCUAUCAUCCAAGGGAUAGGCAAAGACAAGGAACCCCUU